GCAGUUAACUGACCUUCUCCGUGCGGCUGCGGCCUCGUCCUGCUGCAGACGAGGACUUUGUGUUGUGUUGUGGUGUGAACUGUCAAACUCAUUUUGGUUAGUUUCGGUGAACUAAAAGUCGCACCAUGCCCGGCGUGGUUGAGGUUCCGACGUUGCAGGAACUGAACGUCGAAGAGGUCAAUGUGUCGUCAGCCGUACUGAAGGCUGCUGCUCAUCAUUAUGGCUCUCAAUGUGACAAGGCCAACAAAGAGUUCAUGCUGUGCCGCUGGGAGGAGAAGGACCCCAGAAAGUGUCUGAAAGAAGGGAGGAAAGUCAAUGAAUGUGCAUUCAACUUCUUCAGAUUGUGGCUGUGUAGUGUCAUGGACCUCGGGCUGGAGACUCAGUCCCCUCGGGUAAAGGCCAAUUUCCCCCAGAGCUCCCUCCUCACUUCCUUACCAGCCCCUGGAGCAGGACCGUCUGAACAACACUACAAGUUCAAAGAGUCAGUAGUGCACAGCCAGAGCAGCACAGGUGCGGACGAUCCACUGACUCCCGCAGGAAACGUCGACAGUGGUGGCGGUGACCUGGGCCGCUUCGCCGGUCCACGCAAGGAGGCCGGAGUCUGGAGGCAGGGCCCGGGGGCUCGUGGCAGCACUAGUUCAAACCUCAACAAAGGAAAUGGAGGUCAUUGUUGGUCGACUCUGCCCCGGUGCAGGAAGCAUGCUUUGGCAGCGGAAAGAAAUCCAAUACUGGACUUUCACAAAGCAACAGCCUGCACGGGAGUCCAUGGUGCUAAAACACUCAAACAAACUAGCUCACUCUCAUUCCCAUACUGUCAAUAUUCCUAUUGUUCGCCACUGACUUUGACAAGAUCAAAUAAAUAUUUGAGGUAGCGAUGUGCACAAACCGCUUGUUGCCUGGCGUUACCUUAUCGUUCAGUCAUAGUACACGAUGUUUUGAAGCAUGCGCUAUGACCAGUUCGGAGAUCCCCCAGAAC